AUGGCAGAUAUAGAGACAUCAGACAAUGUCGCAGUCUCCGCUUCAUUCGAGGCGAUGGGAUUGAAGGAGGAACUAUUGCGCGGCAUCUACAGCUAUGGCUAUGAGAAGCCCAGUGCAGUACAGAGUCGGGCCAUCACGCAAAUAUGCAAAGGCCGCGACUGCAUCACGCAAGCACAGUCAGGCACUGGCAAAACGGCAACCUUUUCAGUCGCUAUUCUGCAAACCAUCAAUACGGCCGAGCGCGAGACCCAGGCGCUGGUCUUGUCGCCUACCAGAGAACUAGCGACGCAGAUUCAGAGUGUGAUCUUGGCGCUGGGCGAUUAUAUGAGUGUACAGUGUCAUGCUUGUAUCGGCGGCACCUCGAUUGGCGAGGACAUCAAAAAGUUGGAUUAUGGCCAGCAUGUUGUGUCUGGGACACCGGGCCGUGUUGCGGAUAUGAUUCGGCGGCGGAAUUUGAGGACUCGACACAUCAAGAUGCUUGUGCUGGAUGAGGCGGAUGAGUUGUUGAAUCAGGGCUUCAAGGAACAAAUCUACGACAUGUAUCGUUACUUGCCUCCUGGUACGCAAGUCGUGGUUGUCUCUGCUACACUGCCCUACGAUGUGCUGGACAUGACGAGCAAAUUCACAACAGACCCCGUGCGUAUCCUUGUGAAGCGUGACGAGUUGACGCUUGAAGGACUCAAACAGUACUUUAUCGCUGUUGAGCAAGAAGACUGGAAGUUUGAUACACUCUGCGACUUGUACGAUACACUCACCAUCACGCAAGCUGUCAUCUUUUGCAAUACACGGCGGAAGGUCGACUGGCUCACGGAGAAGAUGCGGGAGGCGAAUUUCACGGUAGCGAGUAUGCAUGGUGAGAUGCCGCAGAAGCAGCGAGAGGGCAUCAUGCAGGAUUUCCGACAGGGCAACUCGCGUGUGCUCAUCACAACGGAUAUCUGGGCGCGUGGGAUAGAUGUGCAGCAAGUCUCGCUCGUGAUCAACUACGACUUACCCCUCAACAGAGAAAAUUACAUCCACAGGAUCGGACGGAGUGGCAGGUUUGGCAGGAAGGGUGUGGCCAUCAACUUUGUGACAAACGACGAUGUGCGUAUAUUGCGAGACAUUGAGCUGUACUACAGUUGUCAAAUUGACGAACUCCCGAAUAACGUCGAUUUGCUAUCAUAG